AUGGAUCUUGAUACUUUGUAUGCCGAUGCCUUGGCUGGAGAUGCCGAAGCCAUAGCCGAAUUAGAGAAGAAAGCUGAUCACCUCAGCCAACACGAUAGAACUAUCCUUCACGUCGAAUCCAUGUAUGGUCAUCCAGAACGCCUGGAUACGUUUAAACAAACUGCGCUUCACCUGGCCGCAGAUCAUGGACACACUGAAGUGGUCGAGCUCCUGAUUGAUGCAGCCAGAGCUUUGUCUUCUCCGCUUGGUGAUGAUGAUAUACAUGAUCCAGUUGAAGAUUUUAUUAGGCGAGCUGAUGAGAAGAUGAGCACUGCUUUGCACCUAGCAGUCAAAAAAUAUAAGCAUCUGUCCACUGCCAAGGAACUUUGGAAAGCAGCCAAACGUUCAGCUUGUCAUGAGGAUGCACCAUAUAACAGCUUUGAAGCCUUGUUUUAUAUCACUGACCAGGAUGGCCACAAUGUCUUGCAACUGGCAGUGAUGGGAAAUAACAAGGAUGCGGUGGAGCUGAUACUGAAGGAAGAUCCGGAAUAUCACCACAAGCGUUCAAAUAAAAACAGUGAUCUCAAGUCUUUAGCUUACAUAGCGGCCGAAAAGAGGUAUAAAGACAUUGUCAAACUAGUCUGUGAAACUUAUGAAGCCAGAAAUGAAAUUGGUCAUUGGGGUCAGACCACUUUGCAUGCUGCUAUUAUAGGGCGUGAUGCAGACACUGCACUUGUUCUUUUACGCCGUAACCGCCAUCUAGUAACAUGGGAAGACCACAGAGGGUGGACACCACUUCAUUACGCCGCUUAUUACGGAUUUGAUGAAAUAAUCCUUGAGAUGCUAGAUAAGCAAGACGAGGUAGCAGGAUACCAGUUUGUGCCCAGAGAAAACAUACCUCCACCAUUUUUUGUGGCAGUAGAACAAGGACAUCUUUCUACGGUACAACUAUAUAUGUUCAGCCAUGUAAUAGGGUCAAAAUCGGUCAGCGCAGAUGUUAAUUUUAAUGGUCAAAAUAUACUGCACUUUAUGGCGUCUGGAAAAAACAAACAAAUGAUAAAGUAUAUAUUGAGGUUCUGUGAAACUAGCUCCGUGGAAAAUAUCGAUAUAUUGAAUCAGAAAGACAUCCAUGGAAAUACACCUCUUCAUAUACUAAUUAUCCGUGAGGGUUGUUAUGUACCUGAAUUCAUUAAAAGUGUCAGCAUUGAUAAAAAUGCAACAAACAAUGAUGGGUGGACUCCUGUAGACAUGUUAUAUUUCAGUAAGAACGUCACCGACGACCAGGUACGUUAUCACUAG